GAAGUGGCGCCCUGUCCGUUCCGUCGGGGUCACGGGGUUAGCUCCGCCCACUGAUUGCUCUUUGCAUACCGACUUCCGCCCCUCUCCGCUUUCCUUCCUCCGCCGCCGGUGACCGGCUGCUGCUGUCGCCGCCGCAGGAGGACCAGAGCUGACUGGAAAACUUAAUUCGGGGCUGAAACGGGCGGCUGUCGUUCGGAGUCGGUUCCUGAAGCCCCGUGACGGGAUGUGGCGGUUGGACCGGAGCGGGAGGCGGAUCGGCGCAGAAUGCGGUUCCCGGUGUCGGUGUUGUGGAUGUUUGAGUCCGGAUUCGAUCUUCUAACUCACAGGCCCGCCUGAACCUUUAACGGCUUUUCUUUCUGCUCUCCGAGCCGGAAUGCCGCCUGGCGUCGGACCGCUUUCUGGUUCCGGUUCGGUCUUUUAGCUGCUCCUGAACUCUGUUAGUCCCGAAGUUUGUCCAAAGGCGGGUUUUCCGUCCGGUUUUUGGAUUCCGGCACCUCGUCUCCCCUUCGGACCGUCUGUCUGUUCAACGAUGAGCUGCGUCCACAGGCUGCUCGACCUGCUGCUGCGGGGACUCGUCGUCUCUGCGGUACUGGGACCCGACUAUCCCCCGGGACCCGGAACCAGUCCGGGAACUGCCAGCAGCGCAGACCCCUGUGUCACCGUGAUGCCGCCGUGCGCGGGUGAGGCCGACCGCUUCAGCCUGGAGGCGCUGCGUCAUAUCCACAGACAGCUGGACGACGACAAGGACGGGGCCAUCGAGGUCAACGAGAGCCUGGGGUUCAUCAUUGAGGACAUGAAGCAGCAGCAGACCCACAAACACAGUAACCUGCACCGUGAGGACCAGCACAUCACCGUGGAGGAGCUCUGGAAGUCCUGGAAGACGUCUGAAGUUCAUAACUGGACCACGGAGGACACGGUGCGGUGGCUGAGGGAGUCGGUGGAGCUGCCGCAGUAUGAGAAGAACUUCUGGGACUUCCGGGUCACAGGGAACACCUUACCACGGAUAGCGGCCAACGAGCCGUCCUUCAUGUCCAUGCAGCUGAAGAUCAUGGACCAGCGGCACAAACAGAAGCUGAACCUGAAGGCCCUGGACGUGGUUCUCUUUGGACCUCCUCUCCGUCCGCAGCACAACUGGAUGAAGGACUUUGUCCUGAUAGUCUCCAUCGUGAUCGGUGUUGGCGGCUGCUGGUUUGCCUACGUGCAGAAUAAGUCCAGCAGGGUGCACGUCUCCAAGAUGAUGAAGGAUCUGGAGAGCCUGCAGCAUGCCGAGCAGAGCCUGCUGGACCUCCAAAGCCGGCUGGAGAAGGCUCAGGAGGAGAACCGGACUGUGGCGGUGGAGAAGCAGAACCUAGAGCAGAAGAUGCGGGAUGAGAUCUCCGGUGCCAAAAAGGAGGCGCACCGACUUCGAGAGCUGAGAGAGGGCGCCGAGUGCGAACUCAGCCGCCUGAAAUACGCUGAGGAAGAGUUGGUGCAGGUGCGGAAGGCUCUGAGGCGAGCGGAGAAGGAGAUGCAGUCAGAGCGCUCGGUGCCUGAAGCGCUGCAGAAGUGGCUCCAGCUGACACAUGAGGUGGAAGUUCAGUAUUACAACAUCAAGAAGCAGAACGCCGAGCUGCAGCUCUACGUCGCCAAAGAUGAGGCGGAGAAAAUCAAAAAGAAGCGAGGAUCUGUUUUCGGGACGCUUCACGUGGCUCACAGCUCAUCACUGGACGAGGUCGACCACAAGAUCCUGGAGGCAAAGAAGGCGCUGUCGGAGGUGACGGCGUGCCUGAGGGAGCGUCUGCACCGCUGGCAGCAGAUCGAGAAGCUGUGCGGGUUUCCCGUCGUCAGUAACUCGGGGUUGCCGAGCCUGACGGCCAGCCUCUACUCGGACCACAGCUGGGUGGUCAUGCCGCGCGUCUCGGUGCCGCCGUACCCCAUCGCAGGAGGAGUGGACGAUCUGGACGAGGACACGCCUCCCAUCAUUCCACAGUUUACAACGGCAGCGUUGAUCCGGCCCGUGCUGCCGCGUAGCAGCUCGUGUCGCUCCCGGCGGAGCCUGCUGAGCUCCGCGCAGACCUCCCUGAUGUCUCCGGACCCGGACCUGCUGUCUGUGGCCAGCUCCUCCCUCUCCUACCGCCACGAGGCCGACGACGAGCACAUCAUGUUCAGCAUCGACAGGAGCCGGGAUCCAGCUCAGGACGGCGGCUCCGACACCGACUCCCUCAGCUCUUCGAUCAGCCGCAGGCAGCUGGUGGGUUUGGAGACGCCGCGCCGCAAGAUCUCACGCGACGAGCUGCUGCUGUUCGGCCAGAGUGCGGAGCUUCCGGCGUCCACGCCGACCACGUCCAGCAGCAGCAGCAGCAGUGUCAGGGACUCCACGCCGCCCCCACUGUUUCCCACCCCCUCAGGCCCGCCCUCCACCUCGCCCUCUCCGGCCUUGAAGCACCACCAGUUCGUCCAGUCAGGCUCGCCCGACCUCACCCGCAUCAUCCCGGAGUCCCAGAGUAUGACCUUCUCCACGCCGACGGGGAAGGGCGCGUACAACGGCACGUUGGAGAAGUCCUACAGCUUCGGCCAGCUGCCCCCCAGCAUGCUGCCCAACGUGGGCCGCUUCCCGUCCCUGACCUCCCUGGACUCGGAGGGGCGGAGCAAGCUGCAGAGCACCUCCUCCCAGGACUCCAGUGACAACGGAGAGAAAAUCAAGCGCUCGUCAUCCAAAAUCAAGAGUCUGUUUAAGAAGAAGAAAUAGAUUUUACAGAGCGAGAGCCCCGAGAGUCGUUUGUCGCUAACAUAAAGCUAAAUUCUAAUAAUUACAUCUUUAAAGAUGGAACGUAGCUCAGACUGGGUGCUGAAACUCUGCAGACUGCUUUAACGUCUUAUUUACUUCAUGGAGGUCAACGAAAGGUCAAGAAAAUCGUGUCAGUUCACUGUCUAAUAAUGUUAUUUUUAAAAUCUGUCCGUUGACAUUUAGUGUUGACAAACGCCGUUUAAGGAGCCGCACGAGCUUCACGGCGCUGACGUGCAGAAAGAAGCGGGUUUGGGUGUUGGAGUCGUCGUGACUCGCGCAGUGAAGAACGUGUCACACUACUGCUAUCCGCGGCGUUCGUGUCGAGCGUUACACAGAGGAGAAGCUACGAGCAGCUGCCCCCCAAAAACUAAAGUCAGAACCAAAACUGUUUGAGGCGUCUUUAAUGCAGCUGCUCAUGAUUUCUCCAUUUCUCUAUAAACUGGCAGAUUAAAGGUUUUUAUUCUUAUUGGUGGGAAUUCCUAUGACAUGAACUUUACUGAAGAAACUGGUCUGCACAUACAGAUUUAAUAAGUUUGUAGCCGAACAUAUGGCGAGUCCAUCAGCCGUCUGUCUUCAUCCCUCAAAACCCCUCCCACUUCUGCAGCAGCCAAUCAGAGCUCAUUAGCUUUCAAAGCCAGCGAGCUGCAGGACGGAGUUCUGCUAUUCCAAGAACAUCGCAAGUUCUGGUGUUGGACUUUACUUUCAUUGUCUUCCUCUGUCUCACCAACAUCCCUCAGCACAUCCAUAAACCUCCUCUGUCCUCCCACUUCUCCUCCUGCCUGGUGGCUUCAUCCUCAGCAUCCUUCUCCCUAUAUAUCCUGGGUCCCUCCUCUCCACGUCCAAACCAUCUCAAUCGCACCUUGCUGACUUUCAUUCCCCUUCUCUCCAGAGCACACCUCCACCUCCCCGACCUCAACCUGCUUUCUGCUCUCACUGCACAUCACAUGAUCUGCAAACAUCAUAGUCCACGGAGACUCCUGUCUGAUCUUGUCCGUCAAUGUGUCCAUCACCACUGCAAACAAGGAAGUCCUUGUCCAUGUCCUGCACCACCCUCACAUACCCUCUCCAGUCGUCCUCAUGUGGUACCACACCUCUUCUCUCUGCACCCUGUCAUAAUCGUUCCAGUGGAGCUCCUCCUGGUCUUCUCUGUACAUCUCCAUCGGUGCUCUCAGACCAAACAUUGGUCCUUCUCACUGUGGUUGUUGAUGUCUUUCAGUCACGUGGUCAGAAUGUUUUUGGGUUCCGUCACUCGUUUCCGCCACAUGCUGCAGUGUCUGUCGUAUGUUAGGCUACAAACUUGUCAUUUUUUCAUUUUGUUUGACUACCUGAGUAACUGCGUGCUGUGGCCACGCCCACCUAACAGUGUCAUACCUCUGUCUUGGUGCCAGAUUUGACCGUUUGAGUCGGUGUUUUCAGCAGAAAGCGAUGCGAGUGCCAGAAAAUGGCAGGAAUGUCUUUUUUGUUGAUGUUUUGUAAUGUUGCUGUGAUUGACAGCUGACUGUGAUGUGUUUACACUCUGACAUGAGGAUCUGCCAAUCACCACACACCGAGUUGCUCGUGCCCACGCCACGCCGUCCUGCACCGUGCACCAAACUGUGUGCGGUGCUCUGAUGUCAGAUGCUUCAUUCACACUGUGAUUGGCUGCUGCAGGUCGACGACAUGACCACGCAGCGACGCUUGUGAAGGUCACGUCCACCACAGCACACGAGGAAGGAAAUGAGGAGGACGUGAAUGUUUACCAGACAUUUCAGGGUUUCUUUGUUUUAUCGGGGGGACAAAAACAUUUUGUGUGAAUAUUUCUAUAGAAUAAUUAAUUAAAAAAGGAGUUUGA